CAAAAUUUAGUCAAUGUAAAUCAAACUUCAUAAUUGCAAAAAUCGGUGAAUACGCACGGGAAGGCGGAAGUAGAUAUACGCCAUUGUGCAAGUAUUAUUUGUAAUGGACUGAUCGCGUUAAAUCUGAUAGGAGAUGAAAUACAACCUUGUUGCUAUACUUUUAUUAUGGUUGGUUUGUAAUUCCGCGGUUUUGGGUUGCGGUAGACGUAGACGUGGUCGUCGUAGCCCGCCUCCAGACAGGACCAGACCAACUAUAAAAUGUCCGCCAAAUGUAGAAGCAGUUGCAGAUCCUAUCCAGAUAAACACAAAAGUAUGGUGGGACGAAAGAACUAUCUCAGCCAACGACGAUCGAGAUGGCCCAAUUAAGCCCGUAAGAUCUGGAAAAGCACCUGGAAAACUGUUUUCAGGGACUACAAACAUAACAUAUACUGCAAAGGACAAGGCAGGCAACUACGCUUCGUGCUCAUUCAAUAUAAUUGUAAAAAUUUUGGUAUGUUCUACAUGGGGCGAAAUUCACGAUGGCUGGAAGAUUUGUCACGUGAGUUAUCAAAUGCGACGAGGAAGUGUGUGUCGAUUUGGUUGCUAUGGCGGUCACGAGCUAGUUGGCCCAUCAAAAACUACAUGUUUGGACUCGGAACAAUGGGACACGGCAACUCAACCUUUCUGUCAAAAACUUCAAUGCGACGAGCUUUUCCCUUCUACCGGCCAAUAUGGCGUCGUUGAUAUUUCCUGCACCGACAAUAAUUUUUACCGAAGCAAGUGUUCAUAUAACUGCAAAGAUGGUUACAACAUACUUCCCGGACACAGCAAGGUUCGGGUCUGCAACGAGUAUGGCAACUGGAGGGGCAGGAUGCCUAUAUGUGAAGAUACCUCGCCGCCAGUGUUUCAAGAUUGCCCUUAUGUAAAGGUUGGGUACGCCGAGCCAUCGAAAACUUCUGGAAAAGUCUGGUGGAACGAACCUCGUGCCACGGACAACAUUGGAAUCGUUAAUACGAUUCGUAUUUCGGGUCCUGGAUCUGGUACUGAGCUUGAAGUUGGAGAGCAUACCGUCACAUACAUGGCUUCUGAUGCUGCAAACAACACUGCCAUCUGCGAGUUCAAUGUUGUCGUAAAACAGAUAAAGUGCCAUAUGAUUUACCCUCUGCCUUACACUGCCGUCGUUUGCCCGACAGGAAGAAUAUUUGGAUCGUCUUGUGAGUUCACUUGUGACAAUGGUACUGCGUUGAAUGGCCAUCCGCAUGCGCAGUGUGAUAAAACGGGCGAAAUUGUUCCGUACGGUAGAUGGACAUUCAUGAACAACCAGCCAUACUGUGAAAAUAUAGAAACGUGCCCAGCACUCCGCCCACCUGAUAAUGGCGCGUUGGCUUGUGACACGUGGCUGCAAGGAAAGUUCUGUCAAAUUUUAUGUGAGGAUGGGUACGUGGUUAAAGAUGACAUAGCUGUGCAAGAGAGCCUACUUGUCUGCGGCGAUUCUGGUACUUGGUACUUAUCUGCAAAGAUUCCAGAUUGUCUAGAAGUUGAUGAUGAAAGAGAAUCUGAUUCCUUUAAACUCAAGUUUGAGUACUAUUAUUAUGAGGGACCUUGUGACGAGGCUAGAGAAGAUAUCAAAAAUAAGUUCAUUGAAGCGUUCAAUAAAAGCUCUGGACAAGACUGCAAACAAAAAUGCUCUGUCAGAAAAGUUAAUAUCAUUUGCGGAAACAGAACUGGGGAUUCAAGCAGAAAAAGAAAAAGCACUGACCCGACAAUUAUGUUCACAGUGACAGUAGAACUCUCAAAAGAUUUGUCACCGAUGGAAAAGGCAAUUUCUAGACAUUCGAUUAAAAAUUCCGUUACCAAGGCUUCCGAGAACGGUGACUUCAAUUUGGAAAUUGAUGGCUUCUCGGCCGAGUCCCCGACAAUCAGCGUUUCUUAUAUCGAGGGCGAAUGUUCAACCGGAAGUGCUUAUGACAGGACAACAAUGCAGUGCGUUAAGUGUAGCGUCGGAUAUUUUCAUGACUAG